AUGCUGAUUUUCAAAAAAGCUGCACUGUCUAUUCAUAGUUCUAUAAAUAAAUUAAGUGGUUCUACAAAUGUAAGUGAAGAUGAAGAUGGAGAUGAAUUUGAAGAUGAAAUUGAAUCUAAUAGUCAUCAAGAUAAUGAUGAAGAAAAAUUAAAUAAUUACAAUGAAUCAAUUCAUAAUAACAAUGAGAAAGAUAUACAGUCUAAAGAUGAAACAUUGAGUAAUGGAGAAGAUGAAACAAAAUUAAAUUCAGAAAAUUCAAAUGGAGUAGUUAAAAAAGAAGGACCUAGUAAAGUACAUUCAACAACUAGUAACGACGACCUGGAAGUAAAUAAUGACAAAGAUCAAGAAACUGAUAAUGAUGAAGAUGUUGCAAAACCAUUUGGAGAUUUAGAUGGAGCUAAUUUUUUUUCAACUUUACUAAAUAGUUCAUCAAUGUGUUCUGGUAUGGGCACAUUAGGUAACAUAAAAAAUUUCAAUUUUGAAGAUCUUUUAAGUAAUAAAAAAUUUAAACAAGAUAAUGAAUUACCAACUGAUGAAAGAAAACAUCAUAAUCAUCAUCAUUUACCUCGACCUCAUUUAAAUUUACAUAAAAAUAAAGAUAAUAAUAAUGAAGAUAGCUCACUGACAUUACUGUCACCUAAAAAAACUCCAGAAAGUCCAAACUCAUUGAAAUUACCAUCUCCGAAAUCUGGUCAUCAUAGAAGUAUUAGUCAAAAUUUAAAUACAAAUGGAUCAACUGAUGAAGAGGAAGAUUAUGAAGAUGAAGACACUGAAAAGGAAUCUUCUGAUGAUGAAGAAGAAGAAUAUGAUGCUUCAAGAUUAACUCCAACUCAACCAAGUAAAUCACAACAAGUUAAACCAACUGGCACCGAUGUCACAUCUUCAACUAGCACAACAAAUUCUUAUGCUUCUUCAGCUACUUUGGCAACACUGUCAGUUUCCUCAUAUUCAACAAUUGAUGCAGAUGAGCCAGCUGAAAACAAAUCAAGUGGCAUUUCCACUGAUAAAGAAGGACCACCAAUAUCUGUUGAAACUAAUACACUUGUGCUAGAUCAUGAUGAGCCAUCAGCAGAAUUUAAAGAGAAAUUGAAUAAUCUCACUCCACUUCAAGAAUCCGUGAUUAAUAAUUUAGAUCCUCAGCAUAUUAAAGAAGGUGUUUUGAUUAAAAUAAAAGAUAAAAAUCAUGAUCCAAGUGAUAAAGAAUUAACACCCACUAAAAAGGAAUUAAGAUUUAAAAUCGCUGAGAAAUUGAAAAAAGUAUUUAAUUUAGAUGAUGAUGAUAUAUUUUAUGGUAAUUAUAGUUCAUGGUUAGUUAAAGAUGUUUUACUUCAAGGUCAUAUGUAUAUUACGAAAAAGGCAUUACUUUAUUUUGCAUUUUUACCAAAGAGAUAUUCAGUGGAAGAAUCUCUAGAAGCACAAAAUAUUGAUGAUUCAGCAAAUAUCGUUCAUAAGGGAACUUUAGGAAUGAAAACUGGGAAAUUUGGAGAUUCUACUUUUACCACAAUGUUAACUCAUAGGUAUUGGGCAAUUUUAAGACCAGAGACGUUAUCGAUAUAUGGUUCAUCAACUGAUUUGUAUUUCCCACUUACGGUUAUUGAUAUACGAACUUGUUUGUAUGCUGAAAUCAUGGAUAAAGAAAAAUUUAAAGAUGCUACGUUUUCACCUGUAAGUAGGACUCAACCUCAAUCAGCUAUGAGAUCUGGUUCUGCAUCUGGAGUUAGUACACCUCCUUCAGUCAUUGACACAGCUUCAGAACUUAAUAAGAUGUUACAAGAUGAAAGUUUUGGUGCUACAGAAGACUCGAUUGAAGCUACAAGUACUUCAGUUUGGUUCAAAUUGGUGACGAAAAAAAAAACAUACAAAUUUCAAUGCGAUAAUUUAUAUUCUGCAAGACAAUGGUGUAAUAAUUUAACAAAAUUGAUUUUCCAGUUAAAUAAUGCUAAUCAAGGAAGUGAAGUAUUGGUUAAAAUUCCAAUUGCUAAUAUCAUUGAUUUUAGAAGAAGGACUUUAUUUGAUGAAGAAGAAGAUGAUGAUAUUGAUCAAUCGGAGAAUGAUAUACCUUUAAGUUUAAGUAUUAAAUAUUAUACAAAUCAACAAGUUGAAAAAAGAAGAAGAGAAAAAUUGAGAGAUAAAUUCAAAACUGAAAACCUUGAUAAAGAUGAAAUUUUCUUUUUAUUCCCCAAAAAUGGUUUAGAUUUUUUCAACUCUUUUGAGGGAAUAAUUAAUGAUAGAACAAACCAUAAGCAUAAGUUUUCACUUUCCAAAGAGCCGGCAUUAGAACAAACUUUUUCAACGUUGACACUUUCAUCUAAUAAAUUAGUCAAAGAUGUUCUUGAAAGUAAUUUAAUGGACCAAAAAGCACCACCAGAUUCGUCAACUUUGAAGAAAUUGGGUAAAUCAUUAACUAAAACAAAAAGUUUCCUCACGAGUUCUUCUGCUUCUACGGAAGAAGACAUUAAAGAAAGUUUGAUGUCAGAUGAUGUGGAUACCUCACAUAUAUCAUUACCUAAAGUUUUAUCUGAAAAGACUUUAAGAUCAUUAGAAAUUUCAUUUGAAACUACGUUUAAAAACCUAAAAGACGCAUCAACAAGAUAUGAAGAACAAGGUAAUAAUAAAAUGCUUGCUGCUAUUGAUGAAUUACCUUUACCAACAAGUUUAUCAGAAAAUAACAAAGUUCCAAGUAGAAGUCGAAUUGGUAAAAGUAUAAAAGCAAUAACAAAUAUGGGUCAAAGACUAGCGGCAACUCCAAAUCAUUACUUAUCACAAGAUGAGUAUUAUGUAGAGAGUGCUGAAGAAAGAGAUACCGCAUUAAGACACUUUAAAGCUCAUUUUUCAUUAUACAAUUCUAGAUUAGUUGCAUCAUAUUUUUGUCAUUUAGUAAGGUCUUUACCAGUGUAUGGGAAAUUAUAUGUAUCAGAAAACGAAAUAUGUUUUAGAAGUAUGUUACCAGGUGUAGCUACUAAAAUGAUUGUACCAAUGGUGGAUAUUAAAACUGUAGAAGAUGCACCAUGUGGAUCAAAAUUAACUUAUGUUGGUGCUAAAAUCAUUUUACAAGGUGCUGAUGAAAUGACAAUUGAAUUUGCAUCAACAAGAUCAAGAGAUGAUUUUAUUCAAGUAACUUUAGAAAUAUUGGACAAAUUACAUUCUAAUGAAAGUUUCAGACCAAAACCUCAUGAAUGGGGUUCAAAUUAUAGUAUAGAACUAAGUAAAACAAGAAUGGAAUAUACUGAUUCAGAAAGAAAAAAUAUUGAAAAUAAUGAUGUCAAGAAAGAAGAUGAUGAGAUUGCUCAUCAAAAAGUUGAAUUAGCUAGAAUAAAAAUGUUUGAAGAUAGACUAACAUUAGCUUCAGGUUUGGAUAUACCAAUAGUUCUAGAAGAUUCACCAUUUUUCAAAACAGAGAUGAAACCAUCAACAUCUUAUAGAAUUACACUUUUAACAAUUGGUUCUCGUGGUGAUGUUCAACCUUAUAUAGCAUUAGGUUUGGGAUUACAAAAAGAAGGUCACAAAGUUACUAUAGCAACACAUAGUGAAUUUAAAGAUUGGAUUGAAAAAUAUAAAUUUACUUUUAAAGAAAUAGCUGGUGAUCCAGGUGAAUUAAUGUCGUUUAUGGUUGGUCAUAAUACAAUGUCAGUUUCAUUUUUAAAAGAUGCACAAGCAAAAUUCAAAGAUUGGAUCAAAAAAUUAUUAGCUUCGAGUUGGCAAGCUUGUCAAGGUAGUGAUAUAUUAAUUGAAAGUCCCUCAGCUAUGGCAGGUAUUCAUAUUGCUGAGGCAUUAGUUAUUCCAUAUUAUAGAGCUUUUACAAUGCCUUGGACGAGAACAAGAGCUUAUCCUCAUGCAUUUUUUGUACCUGAUGGUAAUAGAGGUGGUUCAUAUAAUUAUUUGACUCAUGUUUUAUUUGAGAAUAUUUUCUGGAAAGGUAUUCAAGCACAAGUUAAUAAAUGGAGAGUUGAAGAAUUAGAUUUACCAAAAACAAAUUUGUACAGAAUGCAACAAACAAAAGUUCCAUUUUUAUAUAAUGUUUCACCAUGUAUAAUGCCACCAGCUAAUGAUUUCCCAGAUUGGGUUAAAGUUACUGGUUAUUGGUUUUUAGAUGAGGGAGGAAGUGAUUUUGAACCACCAAAAGAGUUAGUUGAAUUUAUGGAUGAAGCAGCAAGAGAUGAGAAAAAAUUAGUUUAUAUUGGAUUUGGAUCAAUUGUUGUUAAUGAUGCAACUUCAUUAACUAAAGCAGUAAUUGAGGCAGUACAAUCAGCUGAUGUUAGAUGUAUAUUGAAUAAAGGUUGGUCAGAUAGAGGUCAAAGUAAAGAUAAAGAUAAAAUUGAAGUUGAAUUACCUAAAGAAAUUUAUAAUACUGGUUCAGUACCUCAUGAUUGGUUAUUCCCCAAAGUUGAUGCUGCUGUUCAUCAUGGUGGAUCAGGUACAACUGGUGCUACAUUAAAAGCAGGAACUCCAAGUAUUAUUAAACCAUUUUUUGGUGAUCAAUUUUUUUAUGCAACAAGAAUUGAAGAAUUAGGUGUUGGUAUAGGAUUGAAAAAAUUAACAGCAAAAUCAUUAGCUGAUGCAUUAAUCACAGUUACUGAAGAUUUAAAAAUUGUUGAAAAAGCUAAAAAAGUAAGUGAACAAAUUAGUCAUGAACAUGGUGUAUUAAGUGCAAUUGAAUCAAUAUAUUCAGAAUUAGAAUAUUCAAGAAGUUUAAUAAUGAGUAAAGAAUUACAUAAUAUUAAUUAUAAACGUCAUCAUCCAGACUUUAAAGCACAUUCAGGAGUUGCAACUGCUAAUGUAUCAGAAGAUGAAUCAGAAGAUUUUACAGAUGACGAUACUGAAGAUGAUGAAAGUGACACAGAAGAAGAAGAUGAUGAUGAUACAGAUGAUGAAGCUAAUAGUACCGUACAACCAAAGUAA